AUGACUUGUUCAAAAUGGCGACUAAAACAUUUAAAAGGUGAUGGGUGAUACAGCAACAGUCAGCACAAUAGCAAAAACAGCACAAACAUGGACAAAUGUAUUUUCUGUAAGAUUGCACAAGGAAAAGAGGAGAAAACAACUCUUUUAUAUCAGGAUGAUGAAUUAGUUGUAUUUAAAGAUCACAGGCCAGCUGCCUCACAUCAUUACCUCAUCACAUCAGUGGAACACAUCAAAGAUGUAAGAGAACUAACUGGCAAACAUGUAGAACUAGUCGAACGAUUAAUAGCAGUUGGUAAACAAGUUUUGGAAGAACAAGGAGGCAACACAGCUGAUGCCAGAAUUGGAUUCCAUUGGCCCCCAGUGACCACUAUACAGCACUUGCAUCUACAUGUCAUAGCACCAGAGGCUGAGAUGAACUGGUUCUGGCGCCUUGUUUUCAAACUAAACAGUUAUUGGUUCGUAUCAGGAGAAUAUAUGAUCAAGAGAUUAACAGCAAUGAGAGAGAAUGGAGAACUUUGAUGAAUAUGAGAAAAUCAACAGCAAUGCCAAAAGAGGAUGAACUGUCCAACAGUUUUUGCCAAUGGCAUACGUGUUACAUUACAUUUUUUGGUACUGUAUGUGAUUUACAACAACUGUGAACACAGGCAUACAACACAAGAAUGGACAAAAUAAAAUGGACAUUAUCUUUUCAUAAUUUACAAUGUAUGUUAGCAUUUUUACAAUAAAACAG